CUGGGACCCGCCUUGAUUUUUUUCGACGCGAGCAUGGCUGGGCCCGACCUCCCCGCCGCCGCACUCCGCGCUUGCGCCCCUGGCCCGAGUGCGCUCGACCGCGAGACUGGGCCGCCAGGCUCCUCCCUUCAGAGGUCUUCCCUCCUCGUGGACGGCCAGCUCCAGCGAAGCCUUCGGUUACUCUGCGCCCCCGCCCGUCAUGCCGGCGCGCGCCCCGCUGGCCCUGGCCGCCCUCCUCGCCGCUUGCUGCCCGCACGCGCCGCGCGGCGCCGCCGCGGGCGGCGCCGUCGCCGUGGAGGUCGCGGCGCAUAGGCAGGCGGACAGCUCCCGGAGCCUGCUGGAGGGGCUCGAGCGCCAGUCCUCCGACGCCCAGCUGGCCCAGCUCGUGCAGGACAUGCCCCAGCGGCUGCAGAAGGUCAUCGGCGCUCUGCGCGUGCUCACGCGGGAUGACUCCGCCGACGGGGACCCGGCGCCACCCCGGGACUUCGUCCUCGGCGUCGUCGUCGCCCCCUCCUCCUCCUCCUCCUCCUCCUCCUCCUCCUCCUCCUCCUCCUCCUCCUCCUCCUCCUGGCAAGGCUUCGGGUCUGAACACCUCAGGGUGUUGUCACCGCCACAGGUUACUAGGGG